CUCUCACAUUUUUUUCGAAAAAUGAGUACUCACUGACUCUUCUAUCGUAGAACAGAAGUGUUGGACGCAUACUUAACAUAUUUAACCUGAGAUCGCCUGCUUCCUUCAUCAUGAAAGAUGCGGAGUUCGCACACGGCUUGGAACAAUUCGCUAUUUGUCUGCACGACCAUUUGUGCCGGUCAAAUCCUGGCCUAAACAUCAUCUACUCCCCAUUGUCCAUUCAGAUCUCUGCGGCCAUGCUGCGGAUGGGAACGACGGAGGGAUCGGUCACAGCUAAGGAGAUGGACGACGGGCUCCAAUUCGUCGGGUUAGAUGCUCGGGAAGUAGCUGAAAGCUUUGGUGUCGUCCUCAAGUCCUAUGACCAGUGCCCGGUUCUUAAAAUGGCCAAUGGUCUCUAUGUUAUGAAGGGUCUCCAAGUUGAUGAGCAGUUUGGCCACAUUCUAGAGCAGAAGUUUCUCUCCAAGCCAAUGGAGAUUGACUUUGGCAGCGAGCAGGCUGCCAGCAUAAUCAACAAAUGGGUAGAGUCACAGACCAACAACCUGAUCAAGGACAUAAUCGGUCCAAGAGUUCUAACCAAGGACUCGCGGCUGUGCCUCGUAAACGGUAUUCACUUCAAGGGAGAGUGGUCAAUCAGAUUCAAUGAAAGAGACACCCAAGAAGAGGAUUUCUUCGGAUCGGAUAAACCUAGUAGAGUGAGAAUGAUGCACGUGUGCGAGAAGUUCUUUUUUGCCGUACUUCCCAAGUUCGAAGCCACUGCCCUCAGAAUGAAUUACAGUGCCUGUAAUUUGGCCAUGAUCAUUUUACUACCGGAUGAAAAGUCGAAUCUCACGAGCCUCGAAAAGAAACUCAGUGAUAUUUCCCUAGAGGCAUUGUCAUCGGCAAUGAAUCUGGAAAAAGUUGAUGUGAAGAUUCCCACCUUUACAGCCGAGUUCCAGCAAGAACUAUCCCAGGUCUUCAUGUCGAUGGGCAUGAACCGAAUAUUCAGUGGUCAGGCAGAGCUUGGAGGAAUGCUGCAAUCCGAGGAAAGCCUUUUUGUCUCCAAGAUCGUCCACAAAGCAUUCAUCGAGGUUAACGAAGUGGGCACUGAAGCUGCAGCCGCAACGGCUGCGGUUGCCACAUUUAGAAGCAUGCCUGCGCGCGAGGUACCUCCAAAGGUAUUCCACGCUAAUAGACCUUUCUUCUAUGCCAUAAAGGACAACACUCAUGGCCUUCUAUUUGCCGGUCAUUUUAUCACUACCAAUGAUGAGAAACCUGAAAAAUGUAACAGAUGUAUCUAAAUGCAUCGUCCUAAAAUAUCUUUGGCGUGCGAAAAAGUUAACGAAUAAAUUGUUAAACAUUUUUCAUUUGACACAUUAAAUGUGUAAGAAUGAUCUUAACAUAAACAUAAAAUAAAUCUGCCUUUGAAGGUAUAUAAAUGAUGGGUGCUUUUGGAUUCUAUUGACUCAUUCUCC